AUGGACAACUUUGGGGAUGGCAUUGCCAAAGCCGUCUUGGAGAACUUCGAAACAUGGGAGCGAAAGAGAAAACCUUUAGAUAGAAGCUCACAAAAAGAUGAAGGACUCAGCGAAAAGACAAAACCACGGGAGUGGGUUCCGUUGAGUGGCAUUGUAGCUCAAAGAAAUGACAAAAUCUCAUGUGUAGCUGCAGCUACCGGCAUGAAAUGUCUGCCAAAAGAUAAAGUCUCAAAAGCUCAGGGCAUAGUAGUCCAUGACUGGCAUGCUGAGAUUCUUACAAUCCGCUCUCUAAAUCGAUUCUUGCUCGAAGAAUGCCUCGACUUGGCUUUAUCUCGGAAAGCUUUCUCGGAGUAUGUCAGAUUUAGAAGUGAUGAAGAGAAGACUGAAACACAUUUUCAGCCAUUCGCUUUGCAAGAUGGCACGCAACUGCACAUGUAUUGCUCUGAAGCUCCUUGCGGAGACGCGAGUAUGGAGAUCACUAUGGCAGCACAGGAGGACUCCACUCCAUGGGCCCACCCACCUUCACUAAUUUCAGGAGACGAUGAAAAUACUCUUCAUGGAAGAGGGUACUUUUCAGCGCUUGGUGCCGUUCGACGCAAACCUUCUCGGCCUGAUGCUCCACCAACACUGUCCAAGUCUUGCUCGGACAAGCUUUCUGCCAAGCAGUCUACUUCUCUGCUAUCUUCCGUCACCUCACUUCUCAUAUCCCCUCAGAAUUGCUAUCUUCAGAGUCUUACCCUUCCCGAAUCUCAGUACUCGGAAGUGGCUUGUACCCGAGCUUUCUCUUCAAUUGGAAGACUUGCUCCACUUCAUGGCAAAGAUUGGGGUGACGGGUACUCUUUCAGACCCUUCAAGAUUCUCACCACCUCCAGCGAGUUUGGGUAUAGUAGACGACAAGCUCUUGGAUCAAGAGAAGCUUUGGUUCCGUCCAACAUUGCUAGUCUCUGGACUCCAAGAACCAGUGAGACCAUCAUAGGGGGAACGCAACAAGGACGAAAGCAGUUCUCAAUCAAAGGAGCAAGUCAAGUCUCCAAACGUCGAAUGUGGGUGUUGGCCGUGGCUAUUGCCAAUGAAUUGUACUUAUCAUCCCCAGCUAUCUUAAGUUCUCUGAAAGUGGAAAAGUACAUCGAGGUCAAGAACGGAGAGUUGCUGAAGAAAAGGAAAGAGGUCAAAGAAGAUGUUCGGAGCACAUUGAAAGGCUGGCAACGGAACAACGACGAUGAAUCUUGGAAAGACACUGAAGUGAAUGUGUGA